UACUAUUACUUUAGAGCUUUUAGUAGAACUUGUUACUUCAGACUCUAGUUUAAUUUAAAAACACUUCACUAAUACUUUACUUUUGCAAAAGAAAAUAAAAAAUGAAUAACUCUUUUAAAGAAAAACUAGAAAGGACGAGCAAAUUCCUUUUAAUUCUACUACUGUGCUUAUCUUCGGACAGAUAGGCCUAUUUCGUCUGUGACUUACAGACUUCUUCAGUGUCAAGUGCUCGACUGAAGAAAACCUCGCAUUCGUUGUGGUAUUUAUACUAGGAGUGUAUGUGUAGGUACGUGUGUGGGUAAAAGUGUAGGUAUAAAAAUGUAGGUACAAAAUUGUAGGUACAUAUUUGUAAAAAAGGGGUGUUUUUAAAUUAAACUAGAGUCUGAAGUAACAAGUUCUACUAAAAGCUCUAAAGUAAUAGUAAAGUGAAGAUGGCAACCAAGCCAAAGUCAGAGCCGAAUAAGUUCAUCGAGUUGAAGAAGACCAUCGCAGGAUUACACAAGGAUAUCGCGUUUCUCAAGAAGUGUAUAGAGUACAGGCUUACUCCCGUAAGUCACAAGGUAAAAGUUAAAACAGCCACAAACCCCAACAUAGUAAAGACACUUGAACAAACACUCAUCAAAGAAAGCAUCAAAAAACUACACAGCAAGAUCAACAUGAAAACUUUGGAAUGUUAUUCUCUCCAUUUAAAGUUAGCGAAAGAUUAUCCUGAAUCUUUCCCUAAUUUUCUAACAAAAGUAAAAGUUGCAGAAUUUUGUGAAUCAGAAAGAAAAAGGAAAUUACUAGAUAAAAAACUUAAAGCAUUAAAGAUGCAAAAUCCGAAGUUUACAUGUUCUUCUACACAACCACAAAACACAACACAAGAACUAACUGGGUUAGUGGUCAAUCGCUCUUCCGAACAGUUCACGGAAGAACAGUUGACCCUUCUCAACAAAGGUCUUAACUACGCAGUACACUCUAAACCAGAUUCAACACAAACCAUAAUCGACAUUGAAACAGCUAUCAACACGAACAAUUUACAGACACCACAGAUUCAAGAAAUCAGAACACAAACAGCUAACACUAUUCAAAACACACAACAAAACAAAUUGAACAAAGAACACCUGAAAGAACAACGAAUAAUCAAAGAACUUAACCAGAAACCAGUUUUCUAUCUGAAAGCUGACAAAGGAAACAAAACAGUAAUCAUGAACAAAGAGGACUAUGAUGAAAUAAUGAAUAACAAAAUUCAAAAUGGACCUUACCGAAAACAACGUACUGAUCCUCUUCCAGGAUUAGUAAGACGUGUUGACAAAACUCUCAAAGAGUCUACACCAGUUUUAGGAAGCGUCAUUAAAAGCCUGAAAGAAUCUAACCCUUCAUUGCCAAGAAUAAAAGGACUUCCCAAAGUUCAUAAACCUGGAAAUGAAAUGCGUGAAAUUGUUUCAGCCAUUGGUUCACCUACACACAAAAUUGCCAAAUAUUUAGUACAAGAAUUCCAAAACAUGCCUAAAAAAUUUCACAGUAGAUCUGUCAAGAAUUCCGAACAAUUCACAGAACUAGUACAGAAUUUAUCCGUUAACGACGAUGAAAUUUUAGUUUCAUUCGACGUUAAAUCACUAUUUCCAAGCAUUCCAGUUAAAGAGGCCAUUAACCUACUAGAAGAUUGGCUUCUGAACCAAUAUGAAGAUUCAAAUUCAGAUUGGAUUAAGAAAGUUCGUACAUACAUCAAAUUAACCAAACUUUGUAUGGAAGAAAAUUAUUUUUCGUUCAGAAAUGAAACCUACAAACAACUUAAUGGUGCCCCCAUGGGCAAUCCACUUUCUCCAUUUUUAAGUGAAAUUUUUAUGGCAAAUUUGGAAAAACGCUUAGAAAACAACAAACAGCUUCCUGAAGUCUGGUGGAGAUACGUUGACGACGUGUUUAGCAUUGUUAAGAAACAUCUUUUACCUGAAAUCUUGAACAAUAUCAAUAAUGCACACAAAAACAUCGAAUUCACUUGUGAAAUUGAACAGAACAACCAACUACCAUUUGUGGACAUACUCAUCGUAAAACAAGAAUCAACACUUUCCUUCGAAAUUUACAGAAAACCGACACACACUCAACGCACUAUUCCAAAUUCAUCAAAUCACUCACAUCAACACAAAAUUGCAUCCUGCAAUCACAUGAUACACCGAAUGCAGACACUUCCACUUAGUGAAACAGGAAAAACGAAAGAACUUAAUUACAUUUUCGAAACAGCACAGUUGAACGGUCACACAAAACAAACAAUACAACAGAUCAUCAACAAAAAGACACAACAACAAUACAGACGUUCUUUGACUACACUGACACGGACAGAACCUACACUUAAACGGAUAACUGUGAACUACAACAAUGACACCAAAAAACUCCGACCAAUUCUCAGAAAGUUUGGUUUUGAAUUAGUUUUCACAAGCAAAGCUAACCAACUUCAAACUCUCUUAGGAUCUACGAAAGACCCGUUGGACAACUUAACAAAAUCUGGUGUUUACAAAGUAACAUGUAAUCACUGUGACAAAAUAUACAUAGGACAAACAAAACACACACUCAACACACGAUUCAAAGAACACAUAACGGAAGUAUCAAAAGCACACAAAGACACAGACAAGGGACUCAUUCAUCAUUUUAAAUCUAAAGUUGCUGAACAUAUUUUCAAUGAAGGACAUUUUAUGAAUACUUCAAAUAUUAAACUCUUACGACACAUUACAAACCCAUGGAAACUUGAUGUUGCAGAAAGUUUAGAAAUUUACAAACAAAACAAUAAAAAACUACUUAACAAGGAUCAGGGCAAUGGGUACACGUGGCUGUUUAAAUUUUUACCUAACACACACAAAACAUUACACAAUACACAAAACACAAAUUGACUACCUACCAAAUCGGCAGGAAAAAAUAACACAACAAACACCAAUUGACUACCUACCAAAUCGGUAGGAAUUUUCCUAGCUUUAGGUAUCUUAUUGACACCCUGUUUUCUAACAGGCAGAUACACCCCCUUUUUUACAAAUAUGUACCUACAAUUUUGUACCUACAUUUUUAUACCUACACUUUUACCCACACACGUACCUACACAUACACUCCUAGUAUAAAUACCACAACGAAUGCGAGGUUUUCUUCAGUCGAGCACUUGACACUGAAGAAGUCUGUAAGUCACAGACGAAAUAGGCCUAUCUGUCCGAAGAUAAGCACAGUAGUAGAAUUAAAAGGAAUUUGCUCGUCCUUUCUAGUUUUUCUUUAAAAGAGUUAUUCAUUUUUUAUUUUCUUUUGCAAAAGUAAAGUAUUAGUGAAGUGUUUUUAAAUUAAACUAGAGUCUGAAG